AUGGAAUCGGCCUCGGACUCAUCAUCAAAUUACCUCUCCCCUCAUGUCCAAAACAUUGCUCUGCUCGUAUGUUCCGAAUUCGAGCGCCUCAUAUCGCGGUAUGGAGAGGGAGUUGUUGAUGGGAUUGUGCCCAUCAUGAUUCAAACCCUUGAGCAAGUCGAGCAGUUGCAUGAAGCUAACGAACUACUGCAAGCAUCUUGGGCUCGGGAUGAGCUGCGAGUAGAGUCAUUAACUCUUAAAUUGGAUCGGGAAAUCAAAGGUAGACGCGCAGCAGAAGAACGUGUGAUAGAACUGGAGGAUGAAAUCGCUGACUUGACGAUACGAACGAACAAACAGUCUACCAACUAUACUAGGCUUAUCCACGUCCUCGAGGCGAAGUGCGCUGCGGCAAGCGACUAUAUGGGGUUAUGCUUUGUCUUAGUCACUCGACAGGAGGCUAAAGAGGCUGAGCUACGUCUUGAUUUGACCAACGCACAGAAUCGCUUUAAUGAGCUUCUUCGCUCUCGCGUGGCUCAUGUUGAGCGUGUCCGCAAUCAUGUGAACUCCAUCUUGACUGAAAGAUCCUCCAUAUCUGAGUGCCACCGCCUCACUUCAACUGGAAGUAUAAGCCACCGGGAUUCAAUAUGCCCGACAAAAGAAUCGUUGGUCUUUCCGUCUCCUUUUCAUAGGACGGAUUAUGAGCGCUAUCUGGGUGAACAAUCUCUAACUAGGAUGGUAUCUGAGGAUUUAGAUCUCGUUUCUGAAGUGUCAGAUGGCUGUGACUUUUUGGGCAGUGAAUCUCUCGAAGCAGAGGUGAAGAAACUGUUGAUCGAGAACCAGGAGCUUACUGAGAUGAAGCAAGCUCUCAACGUUUUGAAAGAUGACCUAUUAACUCGCAUUGACGAUAUCUCCGGGGAAAACCAAAUUCUCAAAAGCGACCUUAAAACAUGUCAAGAGGAGUUGGCGGCAGAGCGUCAACGGGCGAGAAAUCGGGAGCAUCAGCUUGUUGAGCGUGUCCAGCGCCUUACCAGCAAGCUGCGAGCCAUGGAGUUGCAUGAGGGAGGAAGCCGUAGCGCUCUCACCAGAUGCGCUUCCUUAGAUCUAGGUGGCAAACCCUCAACCAUUCAAGCAUCAGGGCGGAGGCGGAUUCACAGCUGCUCUGCUGCCCUACCGACAAUAAAGUCUAAGCCACAGCAACAACAAAGACAAGACUCCAAGAGAGCGCCGUUAGAACGAGUCGAAAGCACCAACAGAGGGACGCUGAAACUGACCAAGCGCGAGGUUGACCGUGUGCUUAUGGAGCGCAAUUACUACAAGGAGCGUUAUUUAGAGGCAAAGACCAGAUUGUGCGCAAUUGAGAACCCUUGCCUUGUUCAGCAACCCUUUGCACACAUGCGCAAACGCGAAAUCGCCUCCGUCCUCGUUUCGAGGAUUUUCCAGUCGAUGCACAACUUCGCCAGCGACGUGGCACAAGGGUUGGAUGGGCUUAUCGCUCCAGCGGAAAACUCUACCCCGCCGCCCUCCUCCAGCCGAACUUCAACUGCCCUGUGGAACAUACUUGGUAACUUUGUUGGACAGGCCGUGACCUACACUGCUGAUGCUGUAAUCGGAACUGGAAGUGAUCUCCCACUCGAUGUCUCGAGGCCAGUCAUAACAGCCAACAUCAACUCAAGGCUUCCCAUUGCUCCGCCACAUCCAAGAAACCAGCCAUCGCCAUAA